UUUUCACGAAUGAAAGGAAGGAGGAACUGCCAAGAUCAAACAGGACUUUUCAACAUCCAUCCACCUCAACAUUACCAGGCAAUUCCUCACAACAUCCACUUCCAGAAACCGAACAAGACCACAUGAAUGCAGAUGGUGAAGAUCACAAACCUCAAGGUAACUGCAGAGGGUAUACAACAUACAACCUCGUACCCAAGGUAUACUAGUUGCAACGGACUAUUCUACAAUAGGGUCGAACCUCUCCCUCACAAUAAAAUAUAUUUUCUUCAGUAAGAAUAUCACAUAUAAUACAGACCCUCUCUUAUUCCUAUAAGGGUAACAGACGGUGAAUCUCAUCAUUGGAGGGCAAAUACGUGCGGACACUCCUUAUUACGGACGCCCUGGCAAUAUAUAUACAUACGUAUAAAUACGUACAUGCAUACAAACUUUGCAAUUCAUGAUAUGAUUAUAUAUACAUGCAUGAUCUUGCGGUUUGAGCUCGACAACUGGAUUCUGUAGUUCUGCAACUGCAUCUCUGGAUUCUACAAAAUCUUUCAACGUUAGUUGAAUUGCUUGACAUGCCCAAAAAUCCCGUAUAUGUUGCAUACAACUUCGUGUUUGCAGAAACACAAACAUCAACUCUUUAGGGACGGACCAUUAGAAAAGUGAAGUGGGGGGAGGGGAGGGGGGAUUCUGCCAUACAUAUAAUUGUUUUACAGUUCGCUUGGUGGGUUUUGUGUUGUGAUAUAUUUUUGGACCAGGAACUGGUAUCCAAUCCUUACUAAUCUUCUUCUUCUUCUUGAAUGCUCCUUUAUUUUGAGUCCGCGCUCGUCAUAUGAAGUUUGACACGAGGAUUUUAAACAAUAUUCUUCAUCGACUGACGGUGUCAGAUUUUUUAUUUUUAUUUAGAGGCAACGUACAAGCAAUUCUUGUCUGUACACGUAGAAUAAGAAGAUGUAUAUCAUUAAUAUUCACAGACAAACCCCAACCAUAACAAAGACAGCCAUGGACCAGCGAUAACCAUUAAAUUUUGAUUAAAUUGUUUAUAAUAAUAAUUAACAAUUUAAUCAAAAUUAAAUAUUUAUAGUCGCUGGUCCAUGACUGUCUUUGUUAUGGUUGGGGUUUGUCUGUUAAUUAAAAGACGUGGUAUAGUAAGCUGAAAACCUCAAUUGCCCACCAAGAAUUCAUUAUUCUCGCACCUAACACUUUCACUGAACAAAUAUUUGAAAGUAUUAAUUAAUUGUUUGCCCAUACUACCACACGGGAAAUGCACUAUAAAUUACAUCAAAGUACACGUAAUUUGCAUGUACAAAGCAAAACAUUUAAGCAAACGCUGCCAUUAUAAAACGGCUCCACUUCGAGAAACGUUUAAUUGACUAGUGUUCCGUUCGAUCAUUUAGAUCAUUUUAACAUAUUUAAAAAAAUGCCUCGCCGAACCAACAUUUGUAAGGGUUUGAAACAAAAGUUUGAGUUCUAAAACGAUGGAUGAACGUGGUGACCAGUUCCUGAUCCAGUAGUACUAUCGUACUUGUUCUGCCUGCACCUUCUGGCUUUUUUUGCUUGUAACUAUGAAAUGACCUCAGUAAACGCCUACUACUAAACGGCCAUCACUCUGAUAUGUACAUUGCUCAGUCCCUUCAGUGUCCUUAUUAGGGAAGUUCUUAGGAAUUUAUUCCAGGUAAGUACGCUAAUUGUCUUUAUGAUAUAUUUUUACAGGUCCUGACAUUUUUAUAGAUACGUAUAUGGAUAAUCAUUUGCUGAAAUUGGCUCGAAAUAUCCCUGAAGACUGGAAAAUAGUGGCAAAAUUUCUUGGUAUUAGCGAUGGUAAAAUAGCGGAGAUUGACUUGAAUCACCGCCGGAAUGGUGUGUUAUGGCAAGCAUAUAUGAUGCUCAAGCAUUGGUGGACAACUCGUCCUCCAGCCGCGCAGUCCUGGCGCGAGGAACUUGGCAAAGCUCUGCGUGAAAUUAAUAGACAAGAUUUAGCUCAAAAUUUCACAGGUGAUGUUCUUCAAACAGAUACAUGA